AUGGGGAAGGUGGCGGCGGCGGCAGCGGUGGUGUGUACGGCGGCUGUAUGUGCCGCAGCUGUGCUGGUGAUGAGACACCGGAUGAAGAGCUCCGGGAGAUGGGCCAAAGCGGAGGCCAUUUUGAUGGAGCUGGAGGAGAAUUGUGGGACCCCAACUGGUAAGCUCCGGCAGGUGGCUGACGCCAUGACUGUUGAGAUGCACGCUGGCCUCGCCUCCGAAGGCGGCAGCAAACUUAAGAUGCUCAUCAGCUAUGUUGAUAACCUUCCCACUGGGGAUGAAGGAGUAUUUUAUGCAUUGGACCUAGGUGGCACAAACUUCCGAGCCCUUCGGGUGCAGCUUGGUGGAGAAGAAAGACGUGUUAUCAAAAGAGAAUCCGAAGUAUGUUCAAUUCCUCCACAUUUGAUGGUUGGGUCAUCUCAUGAAUUGUUUGAUUUUAUCGCUGCUGCACUUGCAAAAUUUGUUGCAACAGAAAGUGAAGACUUUGUUCUUCAACCUGGCAGGCAAAGGGAGCUGGGUUUUACCUUUUCUUUCCCAGUUAGGCAAAUAUCGUUGGCUUCUGGAAUUCUUAUAAAGUGGACAAAAGGCUUCCUUAUAGAAGAUGCAAUAGGACAAGAUAUUGUCAAAGAGUUGACUAAAGCAAUGGAAAGAGUUGGCCUUGAUAUGCAUGUGACUGCUUUGGUCAAUGAUACGGUUGGAACAUUAGCUGGAGGACGAUACAACAAUCCUGAUGUGAUUGCUGCAGUGAUAUUGGGUACUGGAACCAAUGCCGCAUAUGUAGAACGGGCAAAUGCUAUUCCGAAGUGGCAAGGUCUACUUCCUAAAUCUGAGGAAAUGUUUACUUCUCUUGUGCGGGUUAUAAACAUGGAAUGGGGUAACUUCCAAUCAUCACAUAUCCCGUUAACAGAAUAUGAUCAAAGUCUUGAUGCUGAAAGUUUAAACCCUGGCGAGCAGAUUUUUGAGAAGAUAAUUUCUGGCAUGUAUUUGGGAGAAAUUGUACGUCGAGUGUUGUGCAGGAUGGCAGAAGAAGCAUCUUUUUUUGGCGAAGACAUCCCGCCAAAACUGAGAAAUCCAUUCAUAUUAAGGAUCCCUGACAUUGCGGCAAUGCAUCAUGACACUUCUGCUGAUCUCAAAGUGGUUGGGAGCAAAUUAAAGGAUAUCUUGGAGAUACCUACUUGUUCCUUAAAAAUGAGGAAAAUGAUUGUGGAGAUAUGUGACAUUGUUGCCACUCGUGGGGCCCGUCUUGCGGCUGCUGGGAUCUUAGGAAUUCUCAAAAAACUGGGACGAGAUACUGUGAAAGAGGGAGGGAAGCAGAGGUCAGUGAUUGCCUUGGAUGGUGGAUUGUUUGAGUGCUAUUCUGAAUUCAGGAAUUGUCUGAUGAACACUCUUAAAGAGCUCCUGGGUGAAGAGGUUUCAGAGAGUGUUACCGUUGAGUUUUCCCAUGACGGCUCUGGUAUUGGAGCUGCACUCAUUGCAGCCUCUCACUCCCAGUACCUUGAAAUUGAGGAGUCCUAA